CUUCUCAGUUGUCAUCCGAUCGAUGAUCGAAACCAUGGCGGAGCGUGGCCACGGCAAGCAGCGGCGCGCCGCCGCCGUGGCUGCCGCGCUCCUGGCGCUCGCCGGCCUCCUCGUCCUCCUGGCUGGUCUGACGCUGUUUGGUUCCCUGGUGGGCCUGACCGCGGCGGCGCCUCCGCUGCUGCUCCUGAGCCCCGUGCUGGUCCCCGCGGCGACGCUGGCUUGGGUGGUGGCGACGGGCGCCGUCGCGUCGGCCGUGCUGGCCCUGGGAGCCCUGUCCAUCCUGUCGCGCUUGUUGGGUGAUUGUUGCGAUCAUCACAAGCAACAGGCGAAGCAGCGCAUCGGGGAGCUGGCGGCGGUGGCCGGCAACAGGACGCCGCACGCGGCGCUGGCCGUGGUGAGCCCGGGGCAGGGCCUCACCGACCACAAGAAGGCCAAAGACUACCAACACUACGUCGCCGGACGGAUGGUACAGGACGACGCAUGAUGAGACUAAUAACUCUCUGAUCGAUGUUUGUGGUACACUAAGCCACUUACCGUCCGGACGGAUCGUCAGUGUGCUGCCUCUCACACUGCACACCGGCCGGCCACCUCCACCGCUCGAGCUGGAUGCUGCCGCCGCUUAUCCCCAGGAACCGCGCGCGAAGGAGAGGCACAGGCAGCUGCAGCCGCCAGCCGCCGCUUGGGAGCUCGGGCUCUUGACUAGCCGCGCGCGCGGUCAUCUCCGGCCAACCGCGCGCCACUGGAAGAGAAAGCCGUCUCCGCCGUGCGCUCUCUCUUUUUUUUUUCACUCUCUCUCUCUCUCUCUCUCUAGACCGGGAGAGACAGACCAAUGCUCGUGAAGUCGUAAGUGGCUG